UUUUUGGUUCAGUGCAUCGGUAUGAUAUCAUACAUAUCCUCUGAGUGAGUUUAUUCCCAUCUUGUUGAUAAAACCGGUAUUCAUUAAACGUAACUUCAGUAUUGCAUACACCAUUAAACUUUUCUUCAAAGAGAUUCUUUUAGUUUGGUUAAUUUUUUGAAGAGCCUAAUUUUUUACUCAAUUCAUUGAAAACUACUUUUGUCUCUCGAAAUUUCCAACUGUUUAUUUUUGGGUGCAACUUAUUCUUGAACAUUUCGGCAGUUUGUUAGUGAUUCGACGAAUCUUAUUGAGUCACUACUGUACUUUUUGGCGCAUUUUUGAAAUAUUAAAACAAAUUAAUUUAUGAAAGAUACGAUGGUCGUUGAAAAUAAAUCUAAAUAGUUGUGUGCAAAAAAAUAUGACGAAAUUAUUACUGAGACUUCACGACUUAAAAUUGUUGAGUCCGUUCUAUAAUCGACAAAAAGAUACUCCGUCAAGCACGCGUAACUAUGACAUUGUUUUGUGGUCUAGACACCUAAGGUCUUAAAAGAUUAUGAUUUCUCAUAUUUUUUAAUUAAUUAAUGCUCAAACACAAAUAUUCGCAAUUUCCAACGAUAAUCAUCGUACCAUUACCGUCUAAAGUGUCUCACGUAUUUGAAAAAAUUAGAAUACUAACUAAACUGACAACACUAAUAUUCCCGUUAUCACGAAAUCACUCGUGUGAAUUGUGUUCAAUUAUUUUCGCAAACUUGAAUCGAUUUCGUUCGAGCUGCUAACGGUAUUUUUUUGAAGUUGGGCGCAAGAAGUUUGAUCAAGAAAAAUAAUGUAUUUGUGUGCGUAAAUAUUUUAAAUAAAGUAUAAUGGUGAAGAAAGUAAUGGAUGUAGGCAAGUUUAUGCUCGUUGCAAUAUUCUGUGUGGUUGAUGCUGCAGAUAUUCUAAUCAUUAGCGCAGUUUUGUCCCACAGCCACGCUUUGUAUACCAAUGUCUUGACUGAGGCACUAGCCGCUAGAGGACACAAGCUCGUGGUAUUGACUGCGGAUGAGCUAACGAGCAGCUCUAAAAUAACUUCCAUCUAUUUAGAGGGAGGUUAUGAUGCCAUUGGAAAAUCAAUUCCUGGUUUCCAGGAUACUUUGGAGAACUUCAAGUAUUUAUCCUCCUCCACCGAAUCGUUCAUCGGCAACACAAACUGGAUUUUGAAAUUUAACGUCGAAAGCUGCAGAAGUCUUUUAUACUCAGUGCUUUGCGUAGCAGAUGCUGCAGAUAUUCUGGUCAUUAGCACAGUUCUAUCCCACAGCCAUGCUUUAUAUACAAAUGUUCUAACUGAGGCCCUAGCCACUAGAGGACACAAGCUUGUCGUAUUGUCUGCGGAUGAGCUGAGGAGUAGCCCCAACGUAACCUCCAUCUAUUUAGAGGGAGGUUAUGCUGCUCUGCGAAAAGCACGACCCAGUAAUACCUUAGAGGACUUUAAGUAUUCUUCCUCCACUGAAUCGUUUAUUCGCAGCACGAAAUGGAUUUUGAAAUUUAGCGUCGUGGGCUGCCGUAGUCUUUUAUUUUCAGAGGGAAACAAACAGUUUUAUAAGAGGUACAAAAAUGCCACAUUUGACUUGAUUAUUGCUGAUGUUGCUGGUCCCGAGUGUUUUCUAAAAUAUGCUCAAGUUUUUGGAAACCCUCCAAUCAUUGGUUACACGGCUUUUUUCUCAAGACACGCAAUGUUUUUGAGUGACUCGGAAAACCCAGCGUACAUUCCACACUUCAUGUCAACACUGACGGACAGGAUGAAUUUUUGGGAGAGGCUCAUCAACUGGUUCCAGUACAAGUAUUACGACUUGAAGCGACAUUAUUGGAUGUUCCCUAUUUUGGAGAAAAUGUCCGGAGAAUUUUUCGGUAUCGUGGAGCCGAGAAUCGAAGAACUGGAUACGAGACUUUCACUAGUAUUGGUCAACGAUCAUUUCAGUAUGACACAGCCAACGCCCUUAGCUCCGUCUGUGAUCCCGGUUGCCGGACUCCAUAUUAAACCGGUUAAGCCUUUGCCCAAGGAUAUUGAAAAAUUCAUUUCUGAAGCGAAGCAUGGCGUCAUAUAUUUCAGUUUAGGAUCUAACUUUUUUAGCAAUCGCAUGGAGGAGGGGAAGAAAAGGAUGUUUCUGGAUGCUUUCGCUCAACUUCAGCAAAGAGUUCUCUGGAAAUACGAAGAUGACACUUUGUCUAAUAUUCCUCAAAAUGUUAUGUUACGGAAGUGGCUUCCUCAAACAGAUAUUUUAGCUCAUAACAAUACAGUCUUAUUUAUAACGCAUAAUGGAUACCUGAGUACUCAAGAGUCAGUUCAUUUCGGAGUUCCUAUGCUGGGCAUCCCGUUAAUCCUAGACCAGUUCAAGAACAGUGUACGCGUAUUCAAGAAGGGAAUUGGGCUGAGCUUGGAUUUGAAUAAGAUUCAUAAUUCUCAACAAAUACUCGAUAAGAUAAAAAUAUUAAUAGAAAAUCCCAGUUAUAAACAGAACGCGCAAAAAUUAUCAGCUUUUUUCAGAGAUCGACCGAUGUCACCUUUAGAUACGGCCAUCUACUGGAUAGAAUACGUGCUGAGGCAUAAGGGGGCAAAUCACCUAAAGCUUGCAGGGUUGAAUCUACACUGGUUUCAGUAUUAUCUUCUGGAUGUCUAUCUUGCUAUAUUGAUAGCAUUUUACACAUUGUAUAUUGCUCUUGCGAAAUUGGUAGAUCUGAUAAUUAAAACGCAGGGAUCUCCAAAGAUAGAACGAAAAAAAUUAUGAUUGCCAUCUCUUGAAAUCUUCAAUAAAAUUUUUAAUUUGGAAUCAGUUAUAUCUAUUGUGUAAUUAACUCAACACGAUUGCUGAUAUAAGUUUUCAAAAUGUUGAGUUUCGAUCAAGAAAAAUUAAAAUGUGUGCAAUAAAAUGCUACCAAUAUAA